AUGGCAAACCUCUUAACGAGUAAUAUAGAUGUAGCAAGUUUGAAAUCAAUGAUCAUUGCGGGAUUGGUGGCAGUUGGAGUAUUGGUUAUAUCGGUGAUUGUAGGUGGGACUGGACCGGCAGUCUACGAACAUCAAUCGUUUUCAGCAUACGACUGUCCCAACGGUAGUCAUGUAUGGGAUCAAGGAUCGUGUAAUGGUGUUCAAAUGGGUGUUGGUAUAUCUGUACCAUGGGAAACUACCAUUAGCGGUAUUACAUCACUCACACGAUUCUGGUCUACACAAAUGACACCCUAUGCAAACAAUCUAGACACAAAGAAAUCGAUCGAUGUGACUGCACUCAUUCUCAUCUCGGUCGAGGGAAACACCGGUCUACAAACACUCAUCAAUCAAACAUUCACCUAUUCAGUCGACUGUCCCGCUGGAAACGGGUCUUGCUCAAUGAUCAAUAUUGUCGAUUUUCAAACACUCGACUAUCAAGCAUACGACCUAAAGGUCUACUAUAUUGGAGAAUACGAUCAGAUUGGAGACGUUGUAUUUGAUAUUUGGCGAACCAAAGAUUCUUUUACAAACUUUGAAAUAUCUCUACAUAUUGCAUGGGUCAUUAUCUCAUCGAUUGGUAUCGUUCUCUAUCUUGUCUACAUGAGACAUACUCGCAUGAUGGAUUGGUCAAUGGAACAAAAAUUCCUAUUUGCCUUAUUAAUCUCUGUAUUAUUAUCAAAUGGACCAUUUUAUGUAUUACAAUUUGCAAUUAGAGGAUGGUUUAUGCCAUUCUUAAAUUCAUUCUUUCAAACUCUAUUCCUUAGUGUAUUUUGUUUGUACUCGUUAACUAUUCUAGACAAGAUGAGACAAGGAGAGGUAUUAAACUAUUAUUCAGUCUAUCAUUUGGCAAAGAAUGCAAUGGUUGCCAUCUUUACAAUUGGUGGUAUUGUAUUGUUUGCUUGGAUCAAUAUUAGGGAUCACAAGAAUCCCGUUGUUGGUCCAACCACAUCAGUCAAUGGACUACAGGCACUCUACUAUUUCGAAGCCAUUCUAUUAUUUGUCAUUGUCAUUUGGAUAGUAGUAUUGAUCAUUCUCACAAUCCCCACACUCUCUGGGAAACAUCAUCUCAUACCAAGAUUUACUGUCAUUGCUGCUCCUAUUUCACUCUAUGUAUUAUCUGUUAUAAGUGGAAUAUUUGCUGGUACAUUUGGUCCUUUAAAUCCAACUUCACUUUCAUAUUCAUUUUUUAUUGCAAUGGAUAAUGUAUUUGUAGCAAUGUGUGCAUAUAGUUAUUGGCCAACUAAAAAUGCUGAUUAUAGAGCACUUGAAAAUAGUGAAAAUGAUAAAUUAUUUGGUGAUAAUGAUGAAGAUGAAUAUGAAAAAAUGCAAAAUUAUACAUACGGAGAAUAUUUGGACAGAACUAGAGCUCCUGUCCUUUCACGUUUCAUCGCCGGUCAUCAUGUCACUGAAUGUGGUGUAAAUGAUGUCUAUGGACAAUAUAAUGGAACAAAACAAAUUUAUGGAAAGAAACAAAACAAGUUAUGGUUGGAAAACCUUUAUGGACAUGGUCGUAAACGUGAAUACCAUCACUACAACUACCAUAACCCAAAGCAAAUGAGAAAGGGUCAACAUGUUAGAAACUAUCUCUUGCCAGGCGAGUACUUGGUCUACCAUUACCAAUCGCGUCCAUACUUGAUCGACAGAGUCAAUGUCUCCGGUUACGUAUCCAAGUGGUAUCUCGCCACCAACCAGCAAGAGACUGCAGUCGUCAUGGCCAACAAGUUCCAAAACGACGAUCUCAACUACCGUUACGACGAAGCUCCACAAUACAUCCAUCAUCAAGAUAUCGAUGACAAGAACGUCGUCAAACGUUUUGAAAAGGACGAAGAAUUGGCCAUCCGUAAAACCUAUGAAAGAAAGUUGGUCAAUGAAAAGAUUGAUAUGAGUCAAAGAAUUCAUACUCCAGUUGUUUCUAGAGGUCCUGUCAUGCAAAAGAUGAGUAACAUUAGAACUUAUGAAGUACCAAUUGUUGAAACUUAUACAACAGAUAUUCCAUCGGUUGUAUCUGAUGUUAACCAAGGAAAUGUUUACUAUAGUGGACCAGCUCAUCACGACAUGGUUGCUCACAAGUCAGUUGGAGGUAAUGACCAAACUGUCUUUGUCGAGGAUCCAACCUACAUCCCAACCGUCGAGAAUGUCAGUGGAGGUCAUUUGGUUGAACAACGUAUCAACCGUGACAUUGGAAAGGACUCUGUCGAAUACUCUACCACCAGCACCACCUCUACCGAGUAUGCCAACGACAACAUGGCCAAAUCCAUCAAGAGUGAAUUCUCUCCAAAGGUCAUCAUGGAAGAUUCCAUGCCAGUAUCUCAAGAAUUCUCAAAGAAAAAGAGAUCCCAAAAGAAUUCAAAGGGAAAGAAGGUAAAGACCGCUACUAUGAUAUAA